UGAGCAUAGGCGUCAUUACGGGGUAGCGAGGGGUAGCCAUUGCUACCCCACCAUUUGUAUUGGGGUAGCAAAGUAAUAGCUAUGAUACCCCACGACAAAUAUAAUAUUUAUAUAUAUAUGUAUGUAUAUGUUCUGAGAUGUCAACGUACAUAUCAACUAAGAUAACUAUAUAUUAAUAUAGAUAACAUUAAUCUAUUUUUAGAGAAACUAUUAAGUAUUAUUUUUCCCAGAAAACGGUUAAUCGUCGAUAACGAUCGUCGAUCUAUAUGGUACCAACACUAACAACUACCAAUUACUAAUAUUAUACAUAUAUACACUUUAUUAUUAUCACUGUCGUCUGUCAUUAUGAAAUACGAAUUAGUUAAACACAAAAAUAAUAUUAAUUGCGCGAGUUCCCGUCUUCCCGAUGUCAGUACGUAAUCGACCGACCACCAACGAAUUAGACGGGACAAUCCGACACGUGCUGUACUUAAGUCUUAAAUUUUACAGGAAUGAAACGUCGACUAACAAUAACAGACUAUUUCAUUAAAGCUAGUUAUUCUACAGAAAAUAAUGAUGACAACAAUGAAGAUGAAGAGUUUCCAGCACCUCCUGGAAGUAAGAAAAAUAAAGAUACACCUCACACUUCUCAAUUAUAUGAAAAUAAUCAAGUCAAAGAUGACAAAAAUGAUGAUGAAGAGCUUCCAUCACCUCCUGGAAGUAAGAAAAAUAAAGAUAUACCUCACAUUUCUGAAGUACCUGAACGUGAUCCAGUUAAAGGUAAAAGUAUAGCUUUUACUUUAUUAAGUAAAGGUUUAGGACCAUAUCAACCUGAAAUGGAUAAAUAUCCAAAAGUAAAUGGACGGAAAUUUUGUACUCAAUGGUACAAGUCAUAUAAAUGGCUAGAAUACAGUCCAGAAAAGGAUGCAGUGUUUUGUUUUUUUUGUAGAGCCUUUGAUUUAUCAGGUCGCGCUGAAGAAUCAUUUACUAUAAAUGGAUUUAAUAAAUGGUCCAAGGCUUCAACAUGUCUUCCAAAACAUGAACGUAGUGUUCCUCACAAAGAAGCAAUGGUUAAAUUGGCAGGUUUUAAACAUUCAUCAGUUGAAGGUAGUAUUACCACUAAAAUUGAUAAACAUCAUAACAUGAUAGUGUUGAAAAAUAUUAGCUAUUUGAAAGAUAUUUUAGAAACAUUGCUAUUUUGUGCUAGACAAGGAAUUGGUAUUCGGGGACAUAAUGAACAAGACCAUAGUUUGUUAAAUAACAGAGGGAAUUUUAUAGAAUUAUUGCAUCUGAGGGCCAAAGAUAAUGACAUAAUUAAACAAUAUUUUAUUGACAAAGAAAGAAGAUUUCGUUAUAUCCAUCCAGAAUUUCAAAACAUUUUUUUAUCGUUAAUGGCUAAGAAUGUUCAACAUAGUUUAAUAUCAAAUAUAAAAGAAGCAGGUAUAUACAGCAUAUUGGUUGAUGAGACACAGGACAUAAGCAGGCAUGAACAAGUAUCCAUUUGUGUUAGGUAUGUCACAGAAAGUUUUGAACCAACUGAAGUUUUUCUGGGUUUUUUUAAAACUAAUAGUACCAAUGCUGAAUCUCUGGUAGCUUUGAUAAAAGAAGUUUUAAAAAAUAAUGACUUGAACGUUCAAAAUAUCAGAGGUCAGUGUUAUGAUGGUGCUGCUUCUAUGCGUGGAUCUUAUACCGGUGUACAAGCUAGAAUUAAAAAUGAAAAUCCACAUGCAAUAUAUGUACAUUGUUAUGCGCAUAUUUUAAAUUUAUGUUUAGUCGAUUUAACUAAACAAGUUAAACAAAUAAGAAAUAUGUUUGGUGUUUUAAAUACAUUACAUAAUUUUAUUGGCGCGUCAUCAAAAAGAUUUUCCAUUUUUGAAUCAAUGAGAGCAACAUGUUCAGAUAGUAAAGGACCAAAAACAUUAAAAUCAUUAUCUGAUACUCGAUGGAAUUGCCGAAUAGAAGCUAUUAAAGCAGUAUUUGAAAAUUUAUCAGCGUUAUUUCAUUCACUACACAAAAUUGCAAAUGAUGAUACUUUUGCAGGUCCUGAAGCUAGUUCGUUACUUAAAUCAAUUGAAACCUUUGAUUUUAUUUUUUGUCUAAAUUUACUAAAAUUUGUUUUUAAUGAAACUAAUAUUUUAUCAAAAUACCUUCAAACGCAAUCAAUUAAUUAUUCAUCGGUGCGUUUGAUGGCACAGCAAACAAUUAACACAUUUAAAGAUAGUCGAACUCAAGAUAAAUUUAAUAGUUUAUGGAUAGAAACCCAAGAUAUUGUUGAAAAGUAUGACUUAGAAGAAGCAAAAUUACCCAGAGAAAGAAAAAUUCCUAUGAAAAUAGGUGGAGGAAGGUCUCAACAAAAUUCAAUAAAUAUAAAGGAUUAUUAUUUAAUAAAUAUUUUUUAUGUUGUUUUGGAUAUAAUUAUAGUCGAUAUAGAAGAAAGAUUUAAAGAAAAUAACUUAACUCUUUUAAAUUCUAUGAAUGAUGUAUUAACUAGUGAUUUACCAGAUGUUGCUUCAUAUAACCUAUUAAGUAAUACAUAUGAUAUUAAUAAUUCUGAAUUACAAAGUGAAGUUAAUAUAUUUAAUAGAAUGUUUAAACAGUCACAAAAUGAUGUGAAAGAAACCGCACUUAACUGUCGAAUAUCUUAUAUUUUAUCCAACAAUAUUCAGGUUGGAUUCCCAUUGUAUGUGCAAAUUUUAAAAUUAUUUUUAACAUUACCUACAAAUACAUCAACAUGUGAAAGAAGUUUUUCUACUUUAAAACGUAUAAAAACCUAUCUCAGAUCUACAACUGGCCAAGAUCGCUUAAAUAAUUUAGCAAUACUCUAUGUACACAGAAACCAAGAAGUUAACAAGGAUGAAGUUAUAAAAGAAUUUGAUGCCACAGAGAAUGGACGUCGCAUGAUUCUUCACUAAAUUAAAAAAACAAUUGAACUUGCAAUAUUAUAUAAAAUUGUGUAUUUUAAAAAUUAAAAAUUGAUGAAUUAAAAUAAAUAAAUGUUUUAACUGAAAAAUAAUAAAUAAAUUCAAUGUGGGAGGGGGUUGAGGGGUUGAUAAAGCUAAUUAGCCAUCUAUCAUAGAUUUUCCAAUGUUGCUACCCUAUGGUUUUAUUCUAAAUGACG